UUCACAGCAGAAACCCAUAACUUUCCAUGUGCUGUGGCGCCCUACCCAGGAGCUGAAACAGGUGCAGGUGGCCGUAUAAGAGACACACAUGCCACUGGAAAGGGUUCAUUCAUCGUUGCCUCAACUGCUGGUUAUUGUGUUGGGAAUCUUCAAAUGGAAGAAUCAUUUGCACCCUGGGAGGAUUCAUCCUUUUCAUACCCAUCAAACUUAGCUUCUCCCUUGCAGAUUCUUAUUGAUGCUAGUGACGGUGCUUCUGAUUAUGGGAACAAGUUUGGUGAGCCUUUAAUUCAGGGAUUUACAAGAAACUAUGGUUCGAGGUUACCAAAUGGGGAGCGCCGUGAAUGGCUGAAACCAAUAAUGUUCAGUGGAGCAAUCGGGCAAAUUGACCAUGCACACAUAUCGAAAGGGGAUCCAGAAAUUGGUAUGCUAGUUGUGAAGAUUGGUGGUCCAGCAUACAGAAUUGGUAUGGGUGGUGGUGCUGCCUCAAGUAUGGUUAGUGGACAGAACGAUGCUGAGCUUGAUUUUAAUGCAGUGCAGCGUGGAGAUGCUGAGAUGGCACAAAAACUAUAUCGCGUAAUCAGGGCAUGUGCAGAAAUGGGAGAAAAUAACCCAAUCAUCAGCAUUCAUGAUCAGGGAGCUGGAGGAAAUUGCAACGUUGUGAAAGAAAUAAUCUGUCCUAAGGGUGCUGAAAUCGAUAUCCGCUCAGUUAUAGUUGGUGAUCACACAUUGUCUGUGUUGGAGAUCUGGGGGGCUGAAUACCAGGAACAAGAUGCAUUAUUGGUGAAGCCUGAGAGCAGAUGCCUGUUGCGGUCACUUUGUGAGAGAGAAAGAGUUUCAAUGGCUGUCCUUGGGGAAAUUGAUGGUAGUGGAAAGAUUGUUUUGAUUGACAGUGCUGCUGUGGAGCAUGCGAAGUUGAGUGGCCUUCCUCCUCCAUCGCCUGUAGUUGAUCUUGAGCUUGAAAAAGUUCUAGGAGACAUGCCUCAGAAAACCUUUGAAUUCAAGCGAGUUUCUCGAUUGAGUGAGCCCCUAGACAUUGCACCUGAGGUCAAACUAAUGGAUGUUCUUAAGCGAGUAUUGAAGCUUCCUUCGGUAUGUUCAAAGCGUUUCUUGACCACAAAGGUUGACAGGUGUGUGACGGGUCUUGUUGCACAACAGCAGACAGUUGGCCCUCUCCAACUUCCACUUGCUGAUGUCGCUGUAAUUGCACAGACGUACACAGAUCUGACAGGUGGCGCUUGCGCCAUUGGAGAACAACCACUUAAGGGUUUGCUUAAUCCUGAGGCCAUGGCAAGGCUUGCUGUUGGGGAGGCAUUGACCAAUCUGGUUUGGGCUAAGGUUACAUCUCUUGCUGAUGUCAAGGCAAGUGGCAAUUGGAUGUAUGCUGCAAAGCUUGAUGGAGAGGGAGCUGAUAUGUAUGAUGCUGCUGUUGCAAUGGCUGACUGCAUGAUUGAACUUGGUAUUGCAAUCGAUGGAGGAAAAGACAGUCUUUCUAUGGCAGCUCAAUGUGAUGGCGAGCUUGUCAAGGCUCCUGGAAACCUCGUCAUCAGUGCUUAUGUGACAUGUCCUGAUAUAACCCUGACGGUUACUCCAGAUUUAAAGCUUGGGAAGAAUGGAGUUCUGUUGCACAUUGACCUGGCUAAAGGGAAACGAAGACUUGGUGGUUCUGCUCUUGCACAAGCGUUUGACCAAAUUGGAAAUGACUGCCCAGAUAUAGAAGAUGUCCCUUACUUGAAGAAAGUCUUUGAGGUUGUUCAAGAGUUGCUCAGUGAACGUCUGAUUUCUGCUGGUCAUGACAUUAGUGAUGGUGGGCUUAUUGUUACAAUUCUUGAGAUGGCAUUUGCUGGCAACUGUGGUGUUAAUCUCAAAAUAGAAUUAAAAGAUAAUGACCUUCUUCAAGCACUCUUCGCCGAGGAGCUUGGUCUUGUUAUUGAAGUGAACAGAGCAGACCUUGAUGUCGUAAAUCAAAAGCUUCAAGUGGCAGGGGUUUCUACUAAUGUGAUUGGAGAAGUAACUGCAGCACCAGAAAUAGAGCUGCUUGUUGAUGGUGAAAUGCGCUUGAAGGAAAAAACAUCAGACCUCAGAGAUUUGUGGGAGGAAACAAGUUUCCAGCUUGAGGAGCUACAGCGAUUGAAGUCUUGUGUCAAGCUUGAGAAAGAAGGCUUAAAAAGUCGAACAUCACCUUCAUGGCAUUUGUCUUUCACUCCCAAAUUUACAGACAAGAAACUCUUGACUUCAUCCUCGAAACCAAAGGUCGCCAUCAUUCGUGAAGAAGGAAGCAACAGCUACAGGGAAAUGUCUGCUGCAUUCCGUUCUGCUGGUUUUGAACCGUGGGACGUCACGAUGUCGGAUCUCUUGAAUCAGAAGGCUUCUCUAGCGGACUUCCGUGGGAUCGCAUUUGUUGGUGGUUUUAGCUACGCAGACGUUCUAGACUCAGCAAAAGGUUGGGCUGCGUCCAUCAGGUUCAACCAGCCCCUUAUACAGCAGUUUCAGGACUUCUACAAUAGGCCCGACACGUUCAGCCUUGGAGUGUGCAAUGGGUGUCAGCUCAUGGCUCUUCUUGGUUGGGUGCCAGGACCAGACAUUGGAGGCUCCCUCGGUGCAGGGGGAGACAUGUCCCAACCAAGGUUCACUCACAAUGAGUCUGGCCGUUUCGACUGUCGGUUUAUCAGUGUGACGAUUGGGGACUCUCCUUCCAUAAUGUUGAAAGGUAUGGAAGGCUCUAGUUUGGGCAUCUGGAGUGCUCAUGGUGAAGGGAAAGCUUUCUUCCCAGAUGAAAAUGUCUUAUCUGACGUCGUUAACUCUAAUCUGGCCCCUCUGCGAUACUGUGAUGAUGUUAAUAACGUCACAGAGGUGUAUCCCUUCAACCCCAACGGUUCUCCGCUUGGUAUUGCGGCUCUUUGCUCCCCGAAUGGAAGGCAUCUUGCUCUGAUGCCACACCCCGAGCGUUCCUAUAUGAUGUGGCAGUAUCCAUGGUACCCCAAGGAGUGGCAGAUUGAGAAGGAUGGACCCAGCCCUUGGUUGCGCAUGUUCCAAAAUGCAAGAGAAUGGUGUUCAUAG